GCGCCGCCGCCAUGACGACACAACUCGUGGGUGCUAUCGACCAAGGCACGACGUCGUCGCGCUUCAUUCUGUUCAACACGGCAGGCAAGAUCGUAGCGUCGCACCAGCUCGAGCACGACCAAAUCCAGACCCACCCUGGCUGGUGUGAGCAUGACGCCGACCAAAUUUGGUCCAACGUUCACGAAUGCAUUGCCCAAACGAUGAAGCACGGCCCGGGCGCAACCGUGAGCGCGAUCGGUAUCACCAACCAGCGUGAAACUUCGCUCUUGUGGGACAAGGUGACCGGCAAACCCGUCUACAACGCGUUGGUGUGGCACGACAUGCGCACGGCCGAUAUUGUGUACGAGCUGCUGGAAGGCCACGACAUCAACCGCUUCCGUGCAACAACGGGUCUGCCCCUUGCGACGUACUUUUCAGCGGUCAAGAUCAUGUGGCUGUUGCGCAACGUGCCUGGCCUUCGCGCGAAUGCCGAAGCGGGCAACGUCUUGUUCGGAACCAUCGACACGUGGCUCCUGUGGAAGUUAAGUGGCGGCGCUGUCCACGCCACGGAUGUAUCGAACGCGUCGCGCACCAACUUGAUGGACUUGUCGACGCUCGAUUGGAGUGAAGAACUCCUUUGCAUUUGCGAUAUCCCGCGCGCCAUCCUGCCCGCCAUUCGGUCGUCGUCCGAGGUGUACGCGACGACGGCGGUCAACUUUGUGUUGCCGAAUGUCCCGAUUGCCGGCAUGCUGGGCGACCAGCAAGCUGCCAUGUUUGGCCAAACGUGCUUCAAACCAGGCGAGGCCAAAAAUACGUACGGCACGGGCUGCUUCUUCAUGAUGAACACUGGCACGGACGCGAUUUCAUCGACCAAGGGACUUUUGACGACAGUGGGGUACAAGCUAGGGAACGAGCCGUGCGUGUACGCGUUGGAAGGGAGUGUGGCUGUGGCUGGCAAAGUCGUGCAAUGGCUACGCGACAACAUGAAAAUCAUCACAAAGCCGUCUGACAUCGAAGGCCUCGCGCUCGCCGUGCCAGACAACGGCGGGUGCUACUUUGUGCCGGCGUUCUCGGGCCUGUACGCUCCGUACUGGCGGUCGGACGCCCGGGGUGUCAUCUGCGGCCUCACGGGAUUUGUCACUCGCGAGCACUUAGCCCGCGCAUCGCUGGAAGCCGUCGCGUUCCAAGUCAUGGACGUCGUGCACGCCAUGCAAGAUGAAGCCAAGAUUGAACUAUCUAGCUUGCGUGUCGACGGUGGCAUGAUUGAAAACGACUUGCUCAUGCAGAUCCAGGCGGACAUACUCGAUACCAACGUCGUGCGCCCCGUUGUGGCCGAGACGACGGCGCUGGGAGCGGCUUUUGCGGCCGGCUUGGCCGUCGGAGUGUGGAUGAACACGGAUGAUCUAGUCAAGACGUGGCACGUCGCCAAAGUGUGGCGGUCCAACAUGCAGCACGAUGCACGGGCUAAGCUCACGUCCGAGUGGAAGAAAGCGAUCGCACGUACGCUCAACUGGACCGAAUAGAGCUAGCGAUGACAAUGAUUGCGUGAUGAAUAGUAGUGUCAACUAGCCCCGUCUGUGCGGUCAACGUCGUGGUUGAGAGAACGGCACUGUCAGUCAUUCAGUGCACACGCGCUCCACCGUCAAAUUCCCUGCCAUGAAUGAAUCAGGUGGUUAGAAUAGUCGUGCCGCACUGCAAGCUACGGGCAUGCGCUAUUGAACCAGCUCGGUCAGCGCCACCACCACUACAAUCCUCCAUCAAGGCUCUCCGAAACACUUUCGACGAUGCCAAGCCAUAUUGCCUAGCUGCUGCGCGACACCGCCUGGACGACAUGCACUGGGAGCAUUUGUCAAAGCCCUUGGUCUGCUUGGCCUAUCGAUCGCAUUUGGACGCAAG